AUGAAAAAGUUUAUAUUGUUAAUUGUUGCAUUAUUUACCGUUGCUUCAGCAACGGAAUCUGAAAUAACUAAGAAAUUAAAAGAGUAUAAAAUCAUACCAAAUAUAAUUAAAAAUAAUGUUCCAGAAUUAUUGAAGAUUACUUUCGAUAGCGGUGAAUCCGUUAACAUGGGCAAUAUAAUAUUACCUACUCAAGCAAAAAACCAACCCAUCAUGGUAGACUGGAAUGCUGAUAAAAAUGCUUAUUAUACUAUAAUGUCCAUUGGUCCUGAUUAUCCUUCACCAGAAGAUCCAUUUAUGAGCUAUGUUUUGUUAUGGAAGGUUGGCAAUAUUCCUGGAAAAGAUAUUAAUUCAGGACAAGUUCUUGCUGAAUAUUUCCCAUUUGGACCACCAAGAGGAGCAAACUUAAAUCGAGGAAUAUUCCUCUUGUUUAAACAACCUAGCAAACUACAUUUCGAUUAUGAACCAAGUGAUAAAUAUACUGUUGAGGGACGAGUUAAUUUCCCAUUUAAUGAAUUUGUGGAGAGAUAUGGAUUGGGAGAACCUGUUGCUGCAAACUUUUAUAUGACGAAAUUUGACAGUUAUGUGAUGGAAAUUUUCAAAAAGUUUAAUUGUUGUUUUGAAUUAAAUAAACCAGAAGAAUAA